AUGACAUGUAACUUACUGACUUAGGCAUCAAUGUGGUAAAUAUGCAGAGAUGAUAUGGUUUGUCAUAUGACAGUAGGGUGGCGUAAACCAUGGUCUACGUUACUGCUACAGAGAAAUAAAAAUGAGUGUAAUAUAAUUUUAUUUGGGUUUAAGAAGACAAACCAACUAAAUGCAAAUUCUUUUAUAUUACAAUUUGAACAGUCAUUGUUGUACAAUGCCUGAAAGUUCAAGCAUUAUAAAAUCUAGAAGUGACCCAAAAGAAUAUAGGUUAAUUAAUCUCAAAAAUGGACUAAGGGUAUUAUUGAUAUCUGAUAUUAAAAAUGACAAAGUGACUCCAGGAGUGAUCGAAAACCCAACAAAAUUACCUCCCACUGGUAGUGAUGACGGCUCAUCUGGGUUAGAUGAGAGUGAUACAACAGAGAGCGAUUAUGAAUCCAAUCAAUCGAGUGAUAUCUCAAGCAACAAUGAGGGACAAGGCAGACGAAAACUUUGUUCUGAGAAUGAUAAGAAAAAACAAGCUGCUGCUGCACUUUGCAUUAAUGUUGGAUCAUUUUCAGAUCCAGAAAAAAUACCCGGCCUCGCUCAUUUCCUCGAGCAUAUGGUUUUUAUGGGAAGUGAAAAAUAUCCUGAUGAAAACAAAUUUGAUGCUUUUAUAAGACUUCAUGGAGGAUAUGAUAAUGCAUGUACAGAUUGUCAAAGAACUGUUUUUUAUUUUGAAAUUCAACCAGGUCAUUUUCGUGAUGCUCUUGACAUUUGGGCUCAGUUUUUUGCAUCACCUCUUCUCAAGCAAGACAGUGUUGAUAGAGAAGUAAAAGCAGUUGAUGCAGAGUUUGAUAUGGCAUUAAAUGCAGACGAUUGCAGGAAAGAGCAACUGCUUGCAUCUAUAUUCCCAAGAGAACAUCCAAUGGCAAAAUUUAUGUGGGGGAACAAGCUUUCUCUGAGUGACAAACCUGCUGAUAUGGGUAUUAAUGUGUACGAUGAAUUGAAAAAGUUUCACAAUCUAUAUUAUUCACCUCUUUUUAUGACAUUAGUUCUGCAGUCUCCCGAAAGUCUCGACACUUUAGAAACAUGGGCCCGAGAAAUAUUUGAAAGCAUUCCUCAUGAUGGGCAGACGCUUCAAAAUUAUACAGAAAAUGUGCCAACUGUUACUCCAUUUCAACUAGUUAAAAUAGCUCCUGUAAGAAAUAUUCAAGAACUGCAACUGACAUGGAUUUUACCACCCCAACAGAAGUUCUACAAGACUAAGCCUUUACAUUAUAUUUCAUGGCUAAUUGGUCACGAGGGUAAGGGAAGCAUUCUUUCUUAUUUGAGAAAGAAAAAUAUGGCACUCAAUUUGUGUGGAGGUAAUGGAGAGACAGGGUUUGAGCAAAAUGACACUUGCUCAUUAUUCAAUAUUACUAUAACGUUGACAGACACUGGAUUCUCACAAUACUUCAAAGUAAUUCAUAUAGUUUUCCAAUAUUUAGCUAUGCUCACAAAUGGGGGUGCCAAUGAAACGAUAUUCCGUGAGAUUCAGAAAAUUGAAGACAUUGAUUUUAUGUUUCAAGAAGAAGAAACGCCGUCCGAAAAUGCAGUAAAACAAGCUGGAAAUGUUCUUUUGUAUCCUGAGAAAGAUAUUCUGACAGGAGAUAAUUUGAUUUUUGAAUAUGAUCCUGACUGCAUCAAUAAUGCACUUCGUUGCAUGAAACCAAGUAAUUGUAUAUACUUCUUGAGUAGUCCAAGUUUUGUUAAUAUGGCAGAUGCUAAGAAGGAGCCAUGGUUUAGCACACAAUAUUCGAUUGAAAAUAUUUCCAAUGAAUGGAAGGCAAAGUGGAGUACAUAUUCAGAGAUGAAAAACCUUCCAGAGUUACAUCUUCCAUAUCCAAACAAGUUUAUUGCUGGAGAAUUUGACCUCAAGUUUAAUGAUUCUAAUGCUGAUGUUGACCAUCCAAAAUAUCCAGAGUUAAUAUCUGAACCUGAAGCGGGGUAUAAGCUUUGGUUCAGACAGGAUAGAUUUUUUAAGUUGCCAAAAGCUUAUGUUCGUAUCCAUUUGAUCAAUCCUUUGUCAAAUCAAACUCCACAGGACACCGUUUGUUUGGAACUUCUCGUUCACUUGCUUAUUUACAAUCUUGCUGAAGUUGCUUAUGAUGCAGAUGCUGCAUCUUUAACUUAUGGCGCGGAAGUUGGAGAAGACGGUGGCUUGAUUCUCAAAUUCUCUGGCUAUAAUGACAAACUCCCUCUUCUUAUUGAUACCGUUACUGAUUAUCUGAUUGGCUUCAAAACUGAUGAAUCUGCCUUCGCCCAAAGGCUUCUCCACCAUACCAGAACGUACUAUAAUACAUUGAUCAAGCCCAGCAAGCUAGCCAAGAGCAUAAGGUUAUCCAUACUUAACAAAUUUGGAUAUUCUAAUAUUGAUAGAUACCAAGCUUGCAGGGAUCUUACAUUCCAUAGGUUUACUGACUUUGUCCAAAAGUUUCUAUCCACUUUAUAUAUUGAAUCACUGAUUCAAGGAAAUUACUCGAAAGAAGAAGCUCUGGCAAUUAUGGAUAAGUUUAUGAGCAAAACAAAACAUACAAAGCUAUGCGAGAAUCAGAUUAUUUUUCAACGGACGUUGAGACUGGGUGAAAAGCCAAAAGUUUGUAAAGUUAAAGCAUUAAACCCCAGUGAUGAUAAUUCUGUUAUUACUGUGUAUUUCCAGGAGGGUCAUGGUACUGUUGAAAAGGGUGCAAUUCUUCGUCUUCUGGAGGCUAUUAUGGAUGAGCCAUGUUUUGAUAUUUUGAGAACAAAACAACAACUUGGUUACUCUGUAUAUGUUCAGCAACAUGAUACUUCUGGUGUGUUAGGUUUGACUGUGAAUGUUGGCACACAAAACAGUAAAUUUUCUGUUGAGCACACUUCUCAUAGUGUAUUGAAAUUUGCGACCAAAGAAAUGUUAGAUAUAAUAGAGAAUAUGAAGUCAGAAGAUUUUGUCGCUCAAGUGGAAUCUUUGGUUGCAAUACUAAAAAAUGAUGACACACAUCUUGGUGAAGAAGUGGACAGAAAUUGGCGAGAAAUUUUAUCGCACUAUUAUCUUUUCGACAGAGUUCAUACAGAGAUCAAGUUUUUAAACAAGUGUAGUCAUUCGGAUUUGCAGGAAUUUUUCAUUGGCCUUUGUCUAAAGAAUGAUAAAAUAUUACAUGUUCAAGUGCAGGGAAAUAGUCCAUCUAAAAUCGUUGAAGAUGGUGAAAACAAUUCUACUGAUCCUAAGCAGAGAAAGGAAUUGGAAUCUGAUGAUUCAUCUUCACCGCCUUCUCUUCAGCUUCAAUUUUUGUCUUCAUCCUUCGAAGAAAAAAACGAUAUACCUGAUUUCAUCCAAAUAACAAAUAUUGAAAGAUUGAAGAAUUCUUCUUCUUUCUACCCUGUUUCAACAUUUGUAAACAAGUAAUAUGCUCUUUCAUAUGUUUCAAUUGUGCCUAUUUCAAUAACAGGAAAUAUGGGGAUUAAAGAUAAUUGAACAUUUUAUUGUUGGUUUUAUAUUUUGAAAUUGUUAUUUAGAGCUGGAACUUGACAUAUUGAAUUUAGACUUAUCCACAGAGUUCAUCAAUCCUUGGUUAGUCAACUUCAUAUGGCUGACGACCUAUGCUCGCGUUCAAUCUCAUCUGGCAACUUAAAAUCUUUAAAACUUCAAUUAUGUCAUUAUACAUCCGUUCUUUUGAAGAACUAAUAUAACAACAGUGCAAGUUAUUUAUUCCAUAUUAAAUGCAUAUUGCGGUGUUCCACGUAGACAUUGCUCAUUUUAUAAUUAUACCACAUAUGGUGCUAACCACAUUAAAUUUAAUGUGUAACAAAA